UUGAACCUGGUUUUUCAACAGUGGGGGGGGGGGGGGGGANGGAGGAAGACGAAGAGGAGAAUAGAUCCGUUUUACCCUCUUUUCUCUAUAAAAUUCAUCUUGUCAAAGCGGUUCAAUAAUUUCCAACCACUCUUCCCAAGUUGACCAUCUCCCCCUGAUUUUCACAGGCGUCGCACUUCCCUCCUUUUUGACCUAAACCUCCUCAUAAACCCUCUUCUUCUUCUUCUUCUUCUUCAUCCUCCUCCUCCAUCUGGUCCCAGAUCCAGAGGUUGAAGAAGAGCGUUUUUUUUUGAGGGGUCUGAGAAAGACGGUCAUGGCGGCCUCCCAGUUCCCGGAGGACUUACGGUGCCCGAUUUCGCUCGAGAUCAUGUCCGACCCGGUUAUUCUCUCUUCGGGUCACACCUUUGACCGUUCCUCCAUCCAACGGUGGCUGGACGCCGGCAACCGGACUUGUCCGAUUACUAAUUUGCCCCUCCCCGACCCUCCCUCGAUCAUUCCUAACCACGCUCUCCGCAGCCUCAUUUCCAAUUUCGCCCACGUCUCCUUGCCCGUUCCCGACCGGGUUCCCGAUCCGAAUGCCCUGAUCCAGAUCUUGGUUUCCAAAUCCACUCCGUCGGGAUCUAGACUCACCUCCCUCGACCGGUUGACUAAGCUCUGCAAGCGCGACUCCGCGAUUCGCCGCCGCCUGACCGAGUCCGGCGCGGUCUCCGCCGUGUUGAGCUGCGUGGGUGCGGACGACGCCGACUCCGGGCUUCAGGAGAAGGCCCUCCACUUGCUCCUCAACUUGAGCUUGGACGACGACAAUAAAGUCGGCUUGGUCGCGGAAGGCGUGGUGGGGAAAGUCGUCGCCGCCCUCCGCGGCGGCUCCGGCGACUCCCGCGCGGUCGCCGCCACCGUUCUCACAAGCCUGACGGUUGUGGAAGUGAACAAAGCCACAAUCGGAGCAUACCCUGAUGCGAUCCCAAGCCUGGUUUGGCUUCUCUGGUUUGGGAAUUCCAGGGAGAAGAAAGAAUCAGCCACCGCCCUCUACUCCCUCUGUUCGUUCCCGGAGAAUCGGCUCCGGGCAGUUGAAAACCACGCAGUUCCUAUACUCAUACAGAAUUCCGGCUCCGGCCUGGAACGAGCCGUGGAGGUUCUAGGGUUACUGGCAAAAUGCAAAGAGGGCAGGCAAGAAAUCAUGAAGUAUGGGUGUUUCUUGGACACAUUGCUUGAUUUCUUGAGAAAUGGGUCAUCGAGAGGCGUCCAAUAUGCUCUCCUGACCAUUAACAUGUUGUGCACUUUCAGUGAAAGAAUGUGUGCAGAGGCCAUCAGAAGAGGGGUUUUUGAGACCUGUUUUCAACUGCUGGAUGAUGAGAAUGAGAAGGUGAGAAGGAAUGCCAGUAAUCUGAUUCAGGUUUUGCAAGGGAAGAAAGGGAUUUUUAGUAGAAAUGGAAUGCAUUGAUUCAUCCAUUUCAUGAUGAUGAUGAUCCCAAAGGAGGUAAGUUGGAAUUUUCUUUCUUUUCUUUCUUUCUUUUUUUGGGUUGAUUAGAUUCCUCACCCUUUUGUACAAAAAGAUCAGAACUUGGGAGGCAAAUCAUGUUCUUUAUGUUGUAUAUUUAUCAAUAAACAUGAUGAUGAUGAUAUGUGAAGACCCCAUGCCUUCCCCUGUCUAUUUUCUGCUGUGUUUAUGAAGAUCUAAAGUCAGUCUUUUAUCUGUCCGUUUACAGUCCUAGUCU